CGCCCGUAGCGCAACCACUCGUGCAACGGCCUUACCUGUUGAACGUUCACUAGAAGAAUCUUGUUGCGUUAGCUAUUGGCCAUUAAAAAAAAAAAACAAGAAAAGAUUAUAAAUUUUCAAUUUGUGCGAAUCAAAUUCAAAUAAAAUUUUGUUGAAGAGUAUUGUGAAAGUUUUUGGGGUGCAGUACUUAAAACACUGCGACAACUUUUAAAAGAUGUCGAGCAAAUCUCAAGUAAUUUGCGCCUCGUUUCUUCUCUGCUGUGUGUUAUGGUCGUCUUCCACUUCGAUAGUGAAGGCGCAGAAUGAGGAUUUGAAACGUCCUACGCGACCGGAUACUUUUCACACUCCGGAACAAGUCGCUCAAUAUGUGCAUGAUAUGCAUGAAUAUCUACGUGCAAAAAGCAUCAGGUACGGAAAACGUUUUGCUCCAAUGGCAAACUCCGAAGCUGGUGAUGACUUGCAAACAAAUGAAAGGAUCAACGAUUUGCAUAAGCAACAACUAGCUGCACGCGAUGAAAGUGUCGCUGAAGUGAACGAAGAGAAUCCUCUGGAACAACUAGCACUAUACCAGAUGCAUCCAAUAAAAGAGACCAACUUGUAUCGUCUACUAACACAAAUUCCCCUUCCGUUACUCGCGAAAUACUUGCACAUCAAUCAGAUUAUGAAUCAGAAUGAGAACGAAAAUGGCGUCGGUGCGUAUAGAACCAGUAUUCGCCAAACGAUGUUGCAUCCGUUCGUGCGCCAAAGAUUUAUCUCCGCAAAGCAAAAAAAUAAUGAUUUUUAAGCGCAUGCUUCCAUUUUGUGUUUAUUUCAAUUUUACAAUAGCAAAACUUUUUGUUAAGAGCUAUUACUUAUAAUAAAGCGAUGUUUUGGACAAUCACAAAUUCGGUUUUCAAUGAAAUCGGUUAUUUAAAUUGUUUUUUAUACUUACAUUGAAAUCCGUGGUAAUCCAUCGUUUAAUGUUGAGGUUCCGAAAAAACUACGUAACACAUUCAUUCAUUGUAAUAGUGAGUUAUUAUACAAGAUGACGAUGUUGGGAUGUGACGUUAAACGAAGUGAUACUAUAGGUAAAUUAGUAGUUAUGUAACAAAUAUUGUUUAAUAUUUAAAAUUUUUAUAAGUUUGGCUGGACAAUUUUAAUAAAUUUAUUAACUUAUUGUGAUUGUCCAACACACUACCAAAGUGGAACUCGAUGUAAACCAUAUCAACAAUCCUUAUUUAAGAAAAAUGUGGAAAUAAUUUGAUCUGAAAUUUCAAGUUUAUCUAGGCGAUACAAACUAAUAAACAUAUGAUAUCAACAUACACAAUUGUGUUUGGCCAUUAACAUUUAAAUUGAAAUGCCAUAGAAUAAUUUUUAAAAUGCGUAUUUAUUGAUGUAAGAAAAUAAAAUUCAGUUAGAUAAUUACAGAUAAUA